AUGGAGGCUCCAUUUUUCCAGCUGAGGACCGGGGCGCGCGCUCCCGCUGUCGGAUUUGGAAGUGGGACUUUCACCAGCGCAGAAGAAAUCAAGGGGGCAGUUCUAAGCGCAAUCAAGCUUGGCUAUCGACACUUUGACACUGCUACCGCCUAUGGCACCGAGACAGCGAUCGGCGAGGCGCUCGCGAUAGCUUUCGAUGCCGGAUUGGUGACGAGGGAGGAGGUUUUUCUGACGACGAAGCUGAGAUCCGACGACCAUGCCCCGCAGGAUGUUCUUCCGGCAUUGAAGAAGAGCCUCAGUGCUCUACGGGUGGAUUUCGUGGACUUGUUUUUGAUGCACGCGCCUAUCAAGCUCACAAAAGGAGCUCGUUUUCCACCCAAGGAACACGAAAUUCUUCCUCUGGACAUUCCAGGCACCUGGAAGGCAAUGGAGGAUCGUUUCGACGAAGGACUCGCGAAAGCCAUCGGUGUUAGCAACUUUAGCUCCAAGAAACUGGGAGACUUGCUCGAAUACGCUCGAAUCCCUCCGGCCGCAAACCAGGUGGAGCUCCAUCCCAUUUGGCAGCAAAAGAAACUUAGAGACUUCUGUAGAGCUCAUGACGUCCAGGUCUUUGCAUGGUCACCUCUCGGGGGCCUCGGCAAAGUCUGGGGAUCCAAAUCCGUGCUCGAGGAUCCCGUCGUCCUGGAACUCGCAGCAAAGCACCACAAAUCUCCUGCCCAGAUCGUGCUUCGGUGGCUCACGCAGAUCGGCGUCGGCGCCGUCGUCAAGAGCUACAAUCCACAGCGACUGCGUGAGAACAUUCAAAGCUUCGACUUCGACUUGCUUCCCGAGGACCUCGAGACGAUCGAGUCGACCGUGCCGCAAAGGAGACUAGCAGCAUGGGAGUGGCUUUGCAACUCCACCACCAGCCCGUACAAGACGGUCCAAGAGCUAUGGGACGACGAGAUCUAACUCUAAACUCUGCGAAGAGUACAAUCCCGUGAGGGUGACAGGCACGGAAGCAAAGGAAUCGAAUUCAGCGACAAACCAACACGUGAAACGAAACAAUGGAUCUCUCCAUCUCUGGACUGGAACGGGACGCACUUAUUCACCGACAACACGCCAAUCACAUCAAACAUACUACCACAAAAAUGCGAAGAACUCCAGGCUUUUUUAAUGAGCUUGCAGACAAGCAGCAGUGGACCUCACUCACCUCACCUUUUACCUCACCUUCCUUGAGCGGGCAGUCACUCGGGCUCUUCAUUUCCGGGCCCUUCUUUCUUUUCACGGAUUCAAUGCGGCGGUGGUUGUUGUUGCUGUUGCUGUUGCUACUGCCGUGGUGGCCUGGCUGGAAAAUUACGAGUUUUUUCAAUGCAAAUAACCUGAGAGCC